GCAGCUACAGGCCCAGUGUGAUCAUAUUUCAUCAGUUCCCUCCAUCUCUCUGCGAUCAAACUUCUCAUAAAAUUAGGGUUUCAAUCGCUAACUAUUCACAUUCUCUCCAUCUCUCUGCGAUCGCUCGUCGACUUCGAUUGACUGGGCAUCGGAAACAGUUUACACGAGACUCGAAUCGCUUCAAGCCUUCAAGCUUUCGGCUAAUCGAAUCGAUCAUCGAUUACUUCUCUUCUCUCAGUAUGGCGACUAAGGCAUUAAGGAGGCCUGCGAAUAGACCAGAAAGAUCAGCGUAUAGUCGACCAGUAGGAGGACCGUCAAAAUCUGUUUGCAUUUAUUGGGCAGCUGGAAGAUGCACUAAGGAAUCCUGUAGGUUUUUGCACCCGGGUGCACCAGAGUCAUCCAUGAACCUUCACAUUUCAAAACAGAAGGCUCUUGUUUGGACAAAGGAGGAAACUGCUACCGGAAAGGGCAAUGCAUACAAUGCUCCUCAGAAAAACAAUGCUGCUCGGAAAGGCAAUGCAGACAAUGCUCAUCAGAAAAGCAUUGCUGCUCAGAAAGGCAAUGCUACUCAGAAGAGCAAUCCUGGUCCGAUCAGCAAUGCUACUCAGACAAGCAAUGCUAUUCAGAAAUCCCAAGUCUGCAAGUACUGGGUAGAUGGGAAUUGUGUGAAAGGUGAUCGAUGCCUGUAUUUGCACAAGUGGUUUAGUGGAAAGGGGUUCUCAAUGUUGGCAAAACUCCAAGGGCACAAGAAGGCUGUCACUGGUAUUGCACUUCCUGAAAGAUCUAACAAGCUUUAUUCCGCUGGUAAAGAUGGAGCAGCCAGAGUUUGGGACUGCCAUAAUGGUCAGUGUGACCGUGUGGUGAACCUUGGUGAUGAAGCAGGUUGUUUAGUUAGUGAAGGACCAUGGAUUUUCAUUGGCGUUCCAAAUCUUGUUAAGGCAUGGAACAUUGAAUCAAAUGUGGAAUUCAAUCUGGAUGGACCUGCAGGCCAAGUGCAUGCUAUUGUGGUUGGUAAAGAAAUGCUUUUUGCUGGGGCACAGGAUGGUGUUAUAUAUGUGUGGAAAGGCUGUCCCCAAACAAAUUCGUUUGUUCCUGCUGCAACUCUGAAAGGCCACACUGGUCCUGUUGUAUGUUUAAUUGUUGGGGCAAACAGGCUGUACUCGGGAUCUGUGGACCAUACAAUCAGGGUUUGGGAUCUUGAUACUUUACAGUGUGUUAUGACACUAAAAGGGCAUUCUGGUGCGGUGAUGUCUCUUAUUUGCUGGGAUAAAUUUUUGCUCUCGUGUUCAUUGGACUGCACAGUAAAGGUGUGGGCAGCCACUGAACGAGGCAGCUUGGAAGUGACCUACACCCACAGUGAGGAGCAUGGUGUCCUUGAUCUUGCUGGAAUGACAGACCCAGAAACGAAGCCAAUCUUGCUUUGUUCUUGCAAUGAUAAUUCUGUUCGCUUAUUGGAGCUGCCAUCAUUUUCGGAAAGGGGCAGAUUAUUUGCAAAACGAGAAAUUCAGAGGAUUGGGGUAGGACCUGGAGGAUUAUUCUUCAGCGGGGAUGCAACCGGUCUCGUUUCUGUUUGGAAGUGGAUGGAGCCUUACAACAAAGUUGAGUCUUCAUGAGUUACUCCACUGCCCGACACUUCCAUAUAUUCUUUUGGUUUGCAAGAGCCAUUGCUGUGAUGGCCGUUAAGCAUUCAUCUGAAGUUUAAAAUCCAUUCAUGCAUUCAGAUUAGGUUUGUUCAUUGCUCUAGGGCUCAAUUUUUCAUAUACGAUUCCUCUAAUAUGUUUGAUUGUACAGUGGAAUGAACUAUGAAUUUCGUCGAUGUAAAGUAUGAAUCAUUAUUAUAUAGAUUACAUUCAUUAGAAAUACA